AUGUGCGACAAGAUGGCGGCGGGUACGGAGAACAGAGUGCUUUCCUACAGUGUCUUUAAAUGGAGCUCCUAUUCCUCCACUUACUUGCCUGAGAACAUUCUGGUGGACAAACCCAAUGAUCAGUCUUCCAGGUGGUCAUCUGAGAGCAACUAUCCUCCACAGUACUUAAUUCUGAAGCUGGAGAGGCCAGCAAUUGUGCAGAGCAUCACAUUCGGAAAGUAUGAAAAAACUCAUGUCUGCAAUCUGAAGAAGUUCAAGGUGUUUGGUGGAAUGAGUGAGGAGAACAUGACUGAACUGCUUUCUAGUGGCCUUAAGAAUGACUAUAACAAAGAGACAUUCACUCUGAAGCAUAAAAUCGAGGAACAGAUGUUUCCCUGCAGAUUUGUGAAGAUAGUGCCUCUGAUGUCGUGGGGGCCAAGUUUCAACUUCAGCAUCUGGUACAUUGAGCUCCAUGGCAUCGAGGAACCAGAGGUUGUGCAGCCUUGCCUUAACUGGUACAGCAAGUACCGUGAACAGGAAGCAAUCCGGUUGUGCUUGAAGCACUUCCGACAGCAUAACUACACAGAAGCCUUUGAGUCCCUGCAAAAGAAGACACGUGUGGCCCUGGAACAUGCUCUUCUCACUGAGCUGCAUGACCGACUGGUGCUCAGGGGUGACUUCCAGGCCUGCGAGGAGCUCAUUGACAAGGCUGUGCGAGAUGGUCUGUUUAACCAAUACAUCAGUCAGCAGGAGUACAAACCACGGUGGAGUCAGAUCAUUCCUAAAAGUAAUAAAGGGGAUGGAGAUGACAACAGACCAGGGAUGAGAGGAGGACAUCAAAUGGUUAUUGAUGUUCAGACAGAAACUGUGUACCUCUUUGGGGGCUGGGAUGGCACACAGGACCUAGCAGACUUCUGGGCUUACAGCGUCACAGAGAACCAGUGGAUCUGCAUAUCCCGGGACACAGAGAAGGAGAGUGGACCCAGUGCCCGUUCCUGCCAUAAGAUGUGCAUUGACUCCCAGCGGCGGCAGAUCUACACGUUAGGUCGCUACCUGGACUCCUCAGUGAGAAACAGCCAGUCACUGAAGAGUGACUUCUACCGAUAUGACAUCGACACCAACUCAUGGACACUGCUCAGUGAAGACACAGCUGCUGAUGGAGGACCCAAGCUUGUGUUUGACCAUCAGAUGUGCAUGGAUUCAGAGAAGCAUAUGAUCUAUGCAUUUGGUGGACGCAUUUUGACAUGUAAUGGGGCGGCAGAUGACAGCCGUGGCUCGGAGCCACAGUUCAGCGGGCUGUAUGCUUACGACUGUGCAGCUGGUACCUGGAGGCUGCUGAGAGAAGACUCCUGCAAUGCAGGCCCCGAAGACAUUCAGUCUCGUAUUGGUCACUGUAUGCUCUUCCACAGUAGAAACCGUUGCCUCUAUGUGUUUGGAGGCCAGAGGUCAAAAACAUACCUGAAUGAUUUCUUCAGCUAUGAUGUAGAUGGUGAUCAUGUGGAGAUCAUAUCUGAUGGAACCAAAAAAGACUCUGGCAUGGUACCAAUGACAGGAUUCACCCAGCGUGCCACCAUUGACCCGGAGCUCAGUGAAAUCCAUGUCCUCUCAGGCCUGAGCAAGGACAAGGACAAGCGGGAGGAAAAUGUGCGCAACUCCUUCUGGAUCUAUGACAUUGUUCGCAACAGCUGGUCAUGUGUAUACAAAAAUGAUCAAGCUGUGAAGGAGAACCCCACCAAGGCUCUGCAAGAAGAGGAGCCAUGUCCGCGGUUUGCCCACCAGCUGGUUUAUGAUGAGCUGCACAAGGUGCACUACUUGUUUGGCGGGAACCCUGGUAAGUCAUGCUCCCCGAAGAUGCGCCUGGAUGACUUCUGGUCCUUGAAGCUGUGCCGACCAUCAAAAGAGUACCUCUUGCGGCAUUGCAGAUACCUCAUCAGGAAGUACAGGUUUGAAGAGAAGGCCCAGACUGAGCCCCUGAGUGCACUGAAGUAUCUGCAGAAUGACCUCUCCUUGACAGUUGACCACUCGGACCCGGACGAGACUAAAGAGUUCCAGCUUCUUCCUUCUGCGCUCUUCAAGUCCAGGUCUGAUUUCAUCCCUCUGGGGUUCUCUGAUGUAGACCAGACAUAUGCUCAACGAACUCAGCUUUUCGACACCUUGGUCAACUUCUUCCCUGACAGCAUGACCCCACCCAAGGGUAAUCUUGUUGACCUCAUCACCCUCUAACCACACCCUUUUAGGACUUAAGCAGGAGUGUGUGUUUUUUUGUUUUCAUUUUUUCCCCCCUCCUUUUCCCUAACACUAUCUGGCUAGUUGAAUGCAGUUGCACUACUGCUCUUUGCCACUGUUGGUUUACCAUCAGCAAAAAGGAAUAAGGAUUUAACUUCUGGGGGAUUGUUUGUUGGGGGGACAAAUUAGUUUUUUUGUUUUCGUUUCUUUUUAUUUUUAAAUUUAAAAUGCACUUGAAUUGUACACAUUUAUUUUAUCAAUGCAUUUAUAUUGCAGUUGUGGAAUAAAUUGAUUCAUUGCAAAUAUUUUAAUUUUUGUGCUGCUUUGCAUUUAGCACUUAAUGUCAUGGGCUGUGGGAUUCAGUUUGGAUGUGUUGACAAUGUGGCCUUGGCUGUUCAGAGGCUGCCGCAUUUCCCACACUUCUGCUAACCUGUGAUGAUGUGCAAUUGUUGGCUGUUCAUGUUUGUCCUUAGCAGCAAGUAUUAAAAAAAAAAAAAAAAGCAAAAAUUGUCCCAGAAUCCAUAUCACAUUGGUUAAUUCCAAAACGUUACUCUCUGAUUUUGAACUUCAUCCUGGAAAAACUAGAAAUGAUUUUCAUCCAGUCUUGAUAAGGUAGUGUUUUAAUUCUUGAUGUGCAAGUUUGUUUGUAUUAGCCAACCAAUAAAGGUGUGUGUGUGUGUGUGUGUGUGUGUGUGUGUGUGUGUGGGGAGACAAAUACUGGUGACUAAUUAAAAGACCAAAGAAAUGUGGGUUUACAUAGUAACUGGAAAAGAUUUGUUGCAGAGAUCUUUUGAGUGUAGUGGCCUGUCAGUUUCAGAGCUCUGACUUGGCUUCUUCUAAUCUUCUGUGGUACAUUUCUGCAUGUGGGUGAUGAAGGCUACCCCUUGAGGUGUGGGCCUGAAGGCCACAGCACUAGUGCCUGGAGUUAGCACCAGGUGCUUGGCUUUGUUGGCCUUGCUCUUUACUUUUCAAGCACUCGACUAAAGGAAAUAAGUGGUGUGUUUUUUUUUUUUUUUUUUUUUUUUUGGUCACAGGUGCGUAAAUGUCUGCAUGCCCACAUUUACAUCAUGUCUAUAAUAAGAAUCUCAGAACUUAAAGAAUAGUACAUUAAUUUUAGUUCGGCUGUAAACAGAGCUGUUGUGCAUUUUUAUGUAUUCCAUAGCUUUAUUUUUUAUUUUUAAAUCGCACAACUAAUUCCUUUGAAGAUGAAAAGGAUUCUUUGCAAGUGGUGGUUUAAUAUAUUAGUCUGCACAUGUUGAUACUAUAAUCAUCUUAAAUGACAAAACUCCAAGGUUACUUCAAUUUCUUGGGCUUUGGACUUCAAUUUAGUAGCUGGUUUCACCAUUUAUUAGAAAAUAUUGCAAAACCAAUUGCAGUUGAAGUAUCACAGUUUUGAGGAAAUUAAAUGCAACCCAGCCCAAUGAAGUAUUUAAUGUAUGUUAGUUAAGCUUGUUAGGAAAAGUUGUGUUCAUGUAAUAGUAAGAACUCAUAACGAACAUUGAUGUUUUCUGUAUGGAUGAAAUGCUGACAUAUUAAUGUCCAUCCUUACACUAAAGCAUUGUGUUAAUAGGAGAUGAUCUUUUGCUGUUCUGGAUAGGGAAAGUGCACUUUUAAAAGCAGCUGUGCAUUUCUGUUGUAGCACUAUGUGUUUGUAUCCACUCAGUCUAAUGGGAUGAUGUUUUGUGUCCAUUCAGUUUGGCUGAUAGGGUGUGUGUGUGUGUGUGUGUGUGUGUGUUUGAGCGUGUCUGUAAACAUUGGCCUUAUUGAGACAAAUCAUGGAAAUUCUGCCAAAUCUAACAACCUGUAGAGAAUUGUCUCCUCUUGAAUUUCUAUUAUUCUUUGGUUUUUGCUCAUGCAUUUUUCCUUGGGAGUCAUUUAAAAAGGCUAUGUCUCAAAGCAUAAUACAAUGAUCAUGCUAAACAAAAAUGAAAUUACACUUUUAUGAAUCUGUCAGAUGUGUAAACUAGUGGGAAAUGUUUACUUCUUGGUCUCUUUCCUUCCUUCCUUCCUUCCUUCCUUCCAGCCAGUGUAUAAAUGUUAAAUUGUAUUAAUGCUCUCAAACACAAUUGGCAACUUCACGGUGUUUAGUGAGUAAAACUAUACCAGAAAUAUCUGAAGUGCUGAAAAUAGACAUAGUUGUAGUGUUCGCUGUGUCACUUGCAAAUGUACCACUUUAUAGGUGACUGAUACCCCAUUUAUUUGCUUUGUGUGCAUAUAUAGUGAAAUCAAGGUAGUCCAAAGUAUUGUGUGGGUAUCUUGUCACCUGGGGUCAGUAGUGUGCAUAAUUUUUUUUUUUUUUUUUUUAUAUCAUACAAAUACAUUAAGUUGCUAUCUGGGAUUAUAUUUUAAGAUGGCAGUGGGAUGGCAGGAAAGCACCUUUUGAAUAGAAAAUGCCAAAUAUUACACAAGGAAAGAACUAAAUGUAAUUUUUUAAAAAACAAUAUUUUUCUCCCCCAGUUUUUUUUUCUUUCCACCGUGCUGCGAACUGGUACUCUGGUUUGUAAACACUACUCUGUGCAUAAGUGAUUGUGUAGAGGAUUGUAGAAUUUCCUUGUAUGUAAUGUACAUAAUGAAUAAAGAUUGUAUUUUGUUCAGGUUUUCUUAAAACAAUGGCAGUUCUGUGUUUGUGUGAAGCUCAUCUACUAUAGUGUAUUUACAAAUCACUGAAAUGGUGCUAGAGCUUCUUUAGUUGUUUAUUGAUAUGAAAACAUUGUCAUAAUACAAGGAACAUUUAUAUGCACAAACUCCAGUGUUUCUGACCUCUGUUCUGCUGGUUCAGAAAAUGAACCGGGGGGGGGGGGAGCUUUCAAUGCCUUUAUAGAAACUCAGAAGAAAUUAAAUUCUAAUUCAACUGUACAAAAAUACUGAGCACUAUAGUAUCAAUGUUGAUUUGUUUUAAGGUAGAAUAUCACAAUAUUAUAUUGUCUAAUCUGCUACAGAGAAAACUGAGCAUGUGUAGGCACUUGUCUGUUUAGUUAAGUAUAUAAAACACAAGUUUACAUGCUAUACCCAUACAGUAAUGUAGACAAUGGGGAAAUGUGAUCAUCUCUGAUGCAAUACCUGAAAUUUAAGUGCACCAAAACAUUAAAUGGUCAAGCUGUUUAGCUCACUAGCCUGUGAAUUAAUAGUCUUUGCUUACUUGCCUGUCUUUUCUGGUUCAAAAGCAGCAUCAAUCUGCUGUUCAGUGAUGCAUGUCACUCUUAGGUUGCACUGCAUAUUACUUGCAUAUAUCUACAGAAAUCAUGCUGCUGUCUGCUGGGAGGUCAGUGUCAAUCGCUGUGGAAUGUCUAUGGAGUAGUUCUACUUUCUGACUAAAAAGCUCGUGAGCACCGUGCAUUAUAUUUAUUCAUUUUGCUGAUGCUUCUCUCCAAAGCAACUUACAAUGUUCAGAUACCAGCA